AUGCUCACUUGGUGCCAAAUCUAACUGAGAAUUGCAUGCAUGUGAUAGUUUCUUCUCAAACCAGAGGAAGGAUAUCAUUCUCAUUUCUCAACACUUGACAGCCUCAGACAUUGAGAACGGAGAUGAAGAUAAAAACAAUACUAUGCUUAAUGAUGGCCAUGGCAAUGGGGUGUUUCUGCAGUGACAGCAGAGAUCCUGUGCUGCACAGGGUUGGAGGAGGAAGGUACACCUGGAAACCAAAAGUUAACUUCACAGAGUGGGCUGGUCAUGACCACUUCUACAAGGGUGAUUGGCUGUAUUUUGGUUUUGACAAGCAACUCUACACUGUUCUGGAGGUGAACAAAACAAGCUAUGAGAACUGUGUUGACAAAGACUUCAUCAUGAACAUCACAAGAGGAGGGAGAGAUGUGUUUCAACUUUUAGAGUUAAAACCAUAUUAUUUUAUCAGUGGCAAAGGGUUCUGCUUUGAGGGCAUGAAAGUUGCUAUAAAUGUUGAGGAAUUCAUACCAGAGAAGCCAGGGUCUCUUAUGACCAGCAAGGCUUUCCCAUUUCAUAAAGCAAACCACGCUUCGAUUCUAUCUCCUGGUUUCCUCAAUAUGGAAGUACUUAGGUUGGCUCUGAAUCAGAGGAUAGUCCAUAGUCAAACUGCAAGAGUUAUGCUACAGUGUGGAUCAUCAAAGGAAAAAGCUGUCUGUCUUUUGUCGCAGUUUCAAUCUUGGUUCUCCUUCAACUGUAUCAACAUGGAGCCAAUGAAUAAACUGUCAUGUCAGUCUUACAUUAUCCACUUGGAAAUUUUGAGUUGGCAGAUAGGUGCAACUGACAUUCUGAAUCAAGACCCAUUCUCUUUAACGAUCCACUAA